ACAUUGUGUUUUUGGAGGCGAACAAACCGCCAUAUGGAAUUGCCACAUUUCAAGAUGGAAAAUAUUCCUCGGCAGUGAGGGAGGCAUGCAUCACUUUAUUGAUGGAGUGUAACGUGAGCAUCAACAAACUGCCACAUGCCAUCAACACUGUGCUGGAAAAGCUUGCCAAUGUAUCAGCAGAGAAGUUGCCAAGCUCUGCAACCCUAAGCAGACUGAUCACAGAGGCAAGCGUACUAGCAAGUGCCAUGUCAGUGACGCCAUGCUCCAAGAUUUUGACCCAACAGCACCAGUGGGCAAUGUUUUACACCAGGAUGCCACGACGAAGUUCCAUCGGCACUAUGAAGGGAUGCAGGUCACUCUCAAAGAUGGACACAGUCUAACCAUGGGUCUGAUGGAGGUCGCUGGUGGAGAUGCGUCAAUCUACAAGAAUGUCUUUGAGGCAAUCAUUGACAGGCUUGCUUCUUGCUGUCGUGAGAAGGAUGAGCUGACGAGGGCCAAGCUGAUUACAUCGUUUAAAGCUUUCAUGAAUGAUCG